AGUGGAAGGCCCCAGGGGGCUCAGAGAGGGGCAGGACAGGUCAGACCAAAGAGCUGCUCUUCUCAUCUCCUGGGAACUGGAACGCUCCAUCCGACUCUUAAAAACAGUUUGAGUUUGCACAUCCAGAAGAAGUGGGACUCUGAAAGAAGACUGCGGGAUGGUCGGGAGGGGUAAGACCAGUUUAGCUGGUUAAAGUUGCAUCAAAUGAGGUCUGCUUGAGGCUUUAAAGCACCAUCAUGAGAUCCCAUGUGGGAGCAUCGGCUGUAAGCGGCUCAAGCAGAACCGAAGGUGGUGGGAACGAGAACGCCGCUGAAGGAGACUGGAGCGAUGAGACUAAUCGUCUAUGCACGAAGGCGGUGAGACCUCUGUUGAGGAGCGAGGAUGUGGCAGGAGAGAGAAGGCUGGUGAGACCUGCCCUGCUCAGAAGAAAAGCUCUGAGACAGACCUGCUCCGAGGACAACAGAGGAAGGUGGAGGGAAGGAAACCCAGAAAGUGAUGAAGAGAGGCCCAGACCUGAACAUUCUGGCAGCAAGGAAAGAGGAAAACAGAAGAAGACAGAAACAGCUGAGUCACAGGAAGGAGGCAGUGGCCUUUUAUUUGUUUCUGACAUCCAUCAACCCAGCAUUUUAGAAGUUCAAGAACUAUCAAAAGACUCACAGAGACAACACAUGUGUCCCAGACCCCAGGGCUUUGGCUUCAUCCAGACUAUAACCUCCCAUUUAAACUCCCAGCCCACUCAGCUAGCUCUCUCAACACAGUGGGUUUCCUCGAGGCCAGUGACAGGCGACUCAAACCACCAUUCACUUAACUCAUCCAGAAACCCAGAUCCAUUCUGGGUGGAGGUCAGGACGGGGGCAGCAUCCGGACAAUCAUCACAAAACAAUCGAAGUCAGACCCUCGUCUCAGAGUGGGAAGAUGAGGGGGACGGGGAGGAGGACAAUGCUGAGGGUGAUGAGGAGGAAGGCAGCGGGCUGGUAGAAGUGACGGGUCAGUCCUUGACCUCAGCGGAGGUGCUGCCUUGUGUCCCCGUCGUGGAGAGGAGGACGAAACAGGAGAGGAGCAGGAUUAGAAGUCUUAGACGGAGGCAGAGGAGGAGAGACAGAUGGAGACAAAGUCAGCAGCAGGGAAGCAGACAGAGCUCAACAGGAAACCCGACCACCWCCAGCAGCAGCAGCAGCAGCAGUGAGGAUGAGGAGGCCCAGGGCACGGGGGACAGAGAAGGCUUCAUCUGCGCCGUGUGUUUAGACGUGUACUUCAGUCCUUACAUGUGCCAUCCUUGCAACCACAUCUUCUGUGAACCCUGUCUGAGGAYGCUUGCAAAGAACGGCCCAACUAACACCCCCUGCCCCCUCUGCAGGACCAUCAUCACGCACGUUUUCUUCCAAAAGGAGCUGAAUCAAACAGCAAAGACAUUCUUCCCAAAGGAAUACCUGUCUCGGAAACAGAACUUUCAGAGAGCACCUUGUGCAAAGUGGCCUCUUCCGAGCUGCAGAAAACUCUUUCGUAUUUUUGGAGCAGGCUUCCAGAGGCAGGCCAGCCCAGGUGUGCGACGUCAGUUCCCCCAUGCUGGAGCCUACCCCCUGGAUGACUUGGACUUUGAGGACGACUCCAGAGGCUGGCGUUUUGACAUGGACAUGGUCAUCAUUUACAUCUACUCCAUCAACUGGCUCAUUGGUUUCUUCAUAUUCUGCUUCCUUUGCUAYGUAUUUUUCCCUUCUUUUUGACGGGCCUGGCAGCUUUCAUGGUAACACGUCAGGAACAGGAAACGAUUGAAGCCAGAUGAGGAUGAAGUUGGGGUUUAAAAUGGAAUCAGACGGAUGAUGGAAAAGCUGAAACCUGAGCUGYAGGAUUUAAUGAGAAGCCAGAGAGUGAAUUUAAAGCAGGUGGAUGGUGUGGUGGAGGGGAAACAACAGUGUGUGUACGCUUGUUAUCGCUCAUUAAUAAGUAAUUAAAAAGAGUAAAUGAUGGCGAUGGAUAUUUAAAUCUCCACGUGCUCCACACAAACACACGAUGCCGGUGGGACAACAUCUAUUUUCACUGGGUUUUACUGCUGCUGCUGCUGUAAACAAAUAAUACAAUAAAAUCAUUGGAAAACUAA